UUUAUUGUUUAACAGUACAUGACAGAAGGAAUAUUAGUGAGAGAAAUGAUGGCUGAUCCAUUGUUGAGUUCUUAUUCCGUGAUUAUGGUUGAUGAAGUUCACGAACGAAGUGUUUACACUGAUAUUUUGUUGGGGCUUCUGAGGAAGAUUGUUCGAAAAAGACCUGAUUUACGGAUUAUAAUUUCAUCUGCCACUCUUGAAGCUGAAAUACUGAGAGAUUUUUUCAACACUAAUGAAUCAAAAAAUAGUUCAAAGGACACAGCAACCAUCAUUAGUGUAGAGGGUCGUAAUUUUCCUGUGGAUAUUCACUACGUCUUUGAGCCAGUUCCUGAUUAUGUUCAAGCAAGUGUGGACACUGUCAUUAAAAUUCACAGAUUUGAGUCAGGUGGGGGUAUUCUGGUGUUUCUUACAGGACAGGAAGAGGUGGAACACGUUGUGCGAUUGCUAAUUGAUUACGCCAGAACUUUAAAGAAAAAGUCAACAGAUAGAAAGCUUCUCAUUCUUCCUUUGUAUGCUGCUUUACCAGCCACAGAUCAGAUGAAAGUUUUUAAAUCAGUUCCUAGACAUGUAAGAAAAGUUAUCGUUGCUACCAACAUUGCUGAAGCAUCUCUUACCAUCAGUGGCAUAUCAUAUGUUGUUGAUUGUGGAUUUGUAAAAUUACGAUGGUACAACUCCAACACUUGUACCGACUGCUUGGUUGUUGUUCCUGUGUCCCAAGCAUCAGCGGAUCAACGAGCAGGACGUGCUGGGAGAGUACGUUCGGGAAAAACUUACAGGUUAUAUACAGAAGAAGACUUCCUAAAACUACCUGCCCAAACCUGUCCUGAGAUUCAGCGUAGCAGCCUUGCAUCUGUUAUUUUACAACUCAAAACUCUUGGAAUAGAAAAUAUUCUAAGAUUUAAUUUCCCUGCUGCACCUCCCUCAAAGAAUGUUAUUAAUGCACUGGAGUUACUCUAUGCUCUUGAGGCUCUUGAUGACAAUGGCCAAUUGACCUCUCCACUAGGGUUAAGAAUGUCAGAAUUUCCUCUUCAUCCAAUGUUUGCCAAGAUGCUCCUUGUAUCAGGUAACUUUGAAUGCUCAGAAGAAGCACUCAUAAUUGCUGCCAUGUUACAAGUUGAAAACAUUUUCACCUCACCUCCAGGUCAAGGAUUGCAAGCACGAAAAGCCAAAUACAGGUUUUCUGUUACGGAGGGUGAUCACAUUACUUUGUUGAAUGUGUACAAUGCUUUUAUAAAGGAAAACAAAAGCAAAAAAUGGUGUGGACAGCACUUCCUCAACUAUAAAGGUUUAAUGAGGGCAGAAGAAAUUAGAAAGCAACUUUCCAAACUCUUAACCAAGUUCAAGAUACCUUUGAAGACAUCAGAAGGGGAUGUUGAUGCUGUGUGUCGUUGUAUCGUAGCUGGAUUCUUUGCUAAUGCAGCCUACUUACAUUACUCCGGUGUAUACAAGACUAUUCGUGGAGACCAUACACUUUACAUUCAUCCAUCAUCAGUUUUGUAUUCACAGAAGGCACCUGAGUGUGUGGA